AGUAGAACCUCGGAUAAAAAUCGUUUACUCUGGUCACGAUUCAGCCACUUCAGCUCCUCCUGCCUGUGAUUGGUUCAGCGAGCUGUCAGUUAUCCCAAAGCCGUCCCUUCCUGCGUUUGUUUACUCUCUCACAUGCUGUCAAAUGUAGUAGGCAACUGGACACGGAAUGAAUGGCACAGAUUGUGCUGCGCAGAAAUAUAGAGUUUCAACGUCAGAUUCGUCAGAUGGGGUGUGUUGGUUAUUGACCGGCAGCGCUGCUCCCUAAGGCAGGGCGGGGUGAGCUGUGACGAUGGAGCCGGCCAGUCUCGACACCCUGCGCGUGCUGUACCGGAGUGAUGACUACAUCGUGGUGGACAAGCACUGGGACAUCCGGAUCGACAGCAAGAUGUGGUACGAGAAACAGACGGUGCAGUCUCAACUUAAACUGCUCUUCCCAGAGCUGGCAGACCCUGGCACCUAUUACGGCUUCAGGUUCUGCCACCAGCUGGACUUCUCCACCAGUGGGGCUCUAUGUGUGGCUCUGAGCAAGGCUGCAGCCGGCCGGGCCUAUCGCUGCUUCAAGGACCGCAGUGUCACCAAGGCGUACCUUGCUCUGGUGCGUGGCUGGGUGGAGGAGGAGAGGAUGACUGUGAACUUCUCCAUUGGCAAGAACACGACUCAGGGGAAGACACACAUGAUGUGCAUCGAGGGCUCUGAGGGCUGUGAGAACCCAAAGCCGUGUCAGACUGAGCUAUCCGUGCUGGAGUACGGCCUGUACGAUGGGGACCCCGUCACCAAGGUGAUGCUGCAGCCUCACACAGGCCGUACACACCAGCUGAGAGUGCACUGCUGUGCCAGGGGCCACCCCAUCGUGGGGGACUUCACCUACAGCCAGGGGUCCGACAGCGCCCCCUAUCGCAUGAUGCUGCACGCGCACCUGCUCCACAUUCCCCUGGAGCCCCAGACCCUGCAGGCCAGGGCGGGAGACCCUUUCCUGUCGGACACGGACCCCAAGUGGCUCCCGCAGCGCUCGCUGCAGACUGUAGAGGGCGCUGUGGAGGCCCUGCUGGAGCGCAGGAGGAAGGAGGAGGAGAGGAGGGUAGAGGAGGAGAGGGUGAAGAGGGAGAAGGAGGAGAGCAGCAGGAGGAGGGGGAGGAGGAAGGGCACUCCUGCAGAGGAGAGUGAGGAGCAGAGGAGGCGAUGUGAGGAGUGGUUGAGAGAGUGGAGUCUGGACUGAUUUACCCACGUCCUUACACACGUCCUUACACACGUCCUUACACACGUCCUUACACACCAUAAACAUCACCUGCUCGUGACUCAUAUCUACAUAAGUCUACAAAAUAUUGCAUGAUUUUGGGGGAGAUGAUGUACAGUGAACUGAAUAGUGUAUGGACUUUUAACUUACAUUUAGUCAUUUAGCAGACGCUCUUAUCCAGAGCGUCUUAACUUGAGCAACUUAGCUCAGAACCUGCUGCCUUAUUGAGUCAAAUUAAAGAUUUUCACAGAAUCCAGUUGUCAAGGAAACCACGUCAACGCGCUGCAACACCCAGACUGCUAUCUGUAGGAGUUAUUAGGCUAGCCUACAACAUUAUUUAUGAUUGUAUGGCCUGAAUACAGUACAUUUGUACAUUUGUUGUUUGCCAUGUAAUAAAUUUGACCAAUGUG